AUGAAUUCCUCAGCAACGAGUGGACCUAUUGAACAAUGGGCAGUAAAGAAUGGAGGAGGGAAGAACACAGAAGGAAAGAUCACAGAAGGAAAGAACACAGAAGGAAAGAUCACAGAAGGAAAGAUCACAGAAGGGAAAAUCACAGAAGGAAAGGUCACAGAAGGGAAAAUCACAGAAGGAAAGAUCACAGAAGGGAAGAUCACAGAAGGAAAGAUCACAGAAGGAAAGAUCACAGAAGGGAAGGACACAGAAGGGAAGAUCACAGAAGGGAAGAUCACAGAAGGAAAGAUCACAGAAGGGAAGGACACAGAAGGGAAGAUCACAGAAGGGAAGAUCACAGAAGGAAAGAUCACAGAAGGGAAGGACACAGAAGGGAAGAUCACAGAAGGAAAGAUCACAGAAGGGAAGAUCACAGAAGGAAAGAUCACAGAAGGGAAGAUCACAGAAGGAAAGUACACUAGUGACAUCCCCAGUAAUUAGCCUAUUCCUUCCACACAGAGGUUGACAUCAACAUGUUUAGCUGCUUGUCCAAAUCACCCAAACUGAAACUCAAUGUAACAAUCUAGUUAUCAGUUCAGUAUUGGAUAAUAUACUGUGGACAUUGGCUAACGUAAUUGUCUCUCUUUUGUCUUUUUCAUGUGUUCAUCUGAUUGGAUUGGGAUUGUGGAUUAGCUAAACCGCUCAGACCACACAGGGCUUGAUUUUUUACUUGUCCGAAAGUUUAAGUCACUUGUCCAAAAAUAAAAAAUAGUCUGUAAUACCAUUGGUCAAAAAAAUUACAAAAGAUUGUGUUGUAUGAUGUAAGUAACCACUGCUAGUCUCUGAUCAUAUGUACAAUGGCCUGCUGUUGUACCCUUCAGCAAGGCAUUUAACCUCCCACAAAGUCAAAUAAGUGUUAGGCUACUGUGUGCUCAACCUCCAUCUGGAUAGUUACUGGGCGUGCAGGCUUUUCUUCCAGCCCUGCUGAAACAUCAGUCAUCUGGAUAGUUACUGGGCGUGCAGGCUUUUCUUCCAGCCCUGUUGAAACAUCAGUCAGCCGAUGAAGGUCAUGUUGGGCAGCUGAUUUGUGGUGUGUUAGAGCAGGAACAACAGCCUGCCCACCCACUAGCUCUCCUGGAGGAUGGAAGAUGUUGCAAAUUAUGGAGAUCUUGUUUUAGAAAGAGGCACUAUGUUGCCUAACUUGCCAGCAUAUUAAAACCAUAACCAUCUACUACCCAGUAAAGAUGAAUACACACACGUAACUAUGUCAGCUAGACUCAAUAACAUUUGAACCAUACUUUACAGAUUAGCUAGACUCAUUUCCCUUACAUUGUGUGCCAAAUUUCAUCACUCUGAGUCAAACAGAUCAUAAGAUAUAAGCAUGUGCACAGUAUAUGGCCACCGUGUGGUCGAUCUGAAUACGCUUGAAUAUGUUGAGUCUUGACUGUUUGAAACGUGUACCAUGUCUGAUUUUUUAAAAUAUUUUAUUUUAUUUUAUAUGCAUUAAUGUGCCAGACCACGGCUACAUUAACGUUUAUUGGUCAGUAUCGGCCAUAUUGUUUGAUAUACUAGUCUGGAAAAUAUUGCGGUGAGAGACCUUGGUCCAUAGAUGCCAUAUGUCAAGGUUAAUCCAGAUCGGCCCAGUGGUUCCGGAGGAGAUGUCAUUUAAGUGUUUUUCACAAAAUUCAAAAUGGCGGAAAAUCCAUCAUCAAAUCUAAUCUAAUCUAAUCUUAUUUUUCAAAUACACGUGUUUAGCAGACGUUAUUGCGGGUGUAGCGAAAUGCUUGUGCUUCUAGCUCCGACAGUGCAGUAAUAUCUAACAAGUAAUAUCUAACAAUUUCACAACAUAUACCCAAUACACACAAAUCUAAGUAAGGAAUGGAAUUUAAGAAUAUAUACAUAUAUGGACAAGCAAUGACAGAGCUGCAUGGACUAAGAUACAGUAGAAUAUUAUAGAAUAGAAUGCAGUAUAUACAUAUGAGAUGAGUAGUGCAAGAUAUGGAAACAUUAUUAAAGUGACUAGUGUUCCAUUUCUUAAAGUGGCCAGUGAUUUCAAUAGGCAGCAGCAGCCUCUAAUGUGCUAGUGAUGGCUAUUUAACAGUCUGAUGGCCUUGAGAUGGAAGCUGUUUUUCAUUCUCUCGGUCCCAGCUUUGAUGCACCUGUACUGACCUUGCCUUCAGGAUGAUAGUGGGGUGAACAGGCAGUGGCUCGGGUGGUUGAUGUCCUUGAUGAUUUUUUUGGCCUUCCUGUGACAUCGGGUGCUGUAGGUGUCUUGGAGGGCGGGUAGUUUGCCCCCGGUAAUGAGUUCGGCAGACCGCACCACCCUCUGGAGAGCCCUGCGGUUGUGGGCGGUGCAGUUGCCGUACCAGGCGGUGAUACAGCCCGACAGGAUGCUCUCAAUUGUGCAUCUGUAAAAGUUUGUGAGGGUUUUAGAUGCCAAGUCAAAUUUCUUCAGCCUCCUGAGGUUGAAGAGGCUCUGUUGCGCCUUCUUCACCACACUGUCUGUGUGGGUGGACCAUUUCAGUUUGUCAGUGAUGUGUACGCCAAGGAACUUGAAUCUUUCCACCUUCUCCCCUGCGGUCCCGUCGAUGUGGAUAGGGGGGUGCACCCUCUUCUGUUUCCUGAAGUCCACGAUCAUCUCCUUUGUUUUGUUGACGUUGAAGGAGAGGUCAUUUUCCUGGCACCACACUCCCAGAGCCCUCACCUCCUCCCUGUAGGCGGUCUCGUCAUUAUUGGUAAUCAAGCCUACUACUGUUGUGUCGUCUGCAAACUUGAUGAUUGAGUUGGAGGCGUGCUUGGCCAUGCAGUCAUGGGUGAACAGGGAGUACAGGAGGGGGCUGCGCACGCACCCUUGUAGGGCCCCUGUGUUGAGGAUCAGCGAAGUGGAGGUGUUGUUUCCUACCUUCACCACCUGGGGGCGCCCGUCAGGUGGACCUUAUGGGUUCAUUAGGCUAAUGUGUUCCUUGUGAGAAGAGGGACCUAUGCACUGAAUUUCAGGACUCUAGGUCAUAUGGGGUGAGGAGUGGGACCGAAGAACUGGUAUAAUAAUAAUAACACCAAUGAACUGGAACAAAUACAACAGGGCCAGCUUCACUGCACCAGCUUCACUGCUGAACCCUUAACAAGGUGUCCUGGUAUUUUGUAUUUUUUUUGCGUUGAUAAUUACAUUACAAUGUGUAUCUGUCUGUCUCUGUGUAGGAGCUGAAGGGUCGGUUCAUCAUCAAGGGGAAACGACUGAACAAGCUGGAUGCCGUCUUCAGCAGCAUCAGUCCUGGAGAAGAGGACGACUGUGUCUCAGAGGAGGACGAGGCUGCAGAGACCAACAACUCCAAGACAGACUCCAACGGACAGAAGGCCAAAGCCAAGGUAAUGGUAUAAACACAACUAACCUGUACCCCCACAUUGACCCAGUACCGGUACCCCCUGUAUAUAGCCUGUAUAUUGACUCGGUACCGGUACCCCCUGUAUAUAGCCUGUAUAUUGACUAUUGAUUGCUGUGGUGCCAAGGUAGUUAAAGACCUGGUGUCCCUAAUGGCACCCUAGUCCCUAGUAGGGCACUACCAAGGCCCACAGGACUGUGGUCACCCUAGUCCCUAGUAGGGCACUACCAAGGCCCACAGGACUGUGGUCACCCUAGUCCCUAGUAGGGCACUACCAAGGCGCACAGGACUGUGGUCACCCUAGUCCCUAGUAGGGCACUACCAAGGCCCACAGGACUGUGGUCACCCUAGUCCCUAGUAGGGCACUACCAAGGCCCACAGGACUGUGGUCACCCUAGUCCCUAGAAGGGCACUACCAAGGCCCACAGGACUGUGGUCACCCUAGUCCCUAGUAGGGCACUACCAAGGCCCACAGGACUGUGGUCACCCUAGACCCUAGUAGGGCACUACCAAGGCCCACAGGACUGUGGUCACCCUAGUCCCUAGUAGGGCACUACCAAGGCCCACAGGACUGUGGUCACCCUAGUCCCUAGUAGGGCACUACCAAGGCCCACAGGACUGUGGUCACCCUAGUCCCUAGUAGGGCACUACCAAGGCCCACAGGACUGUGGUCACCCUAGUCCCUAGUAGGGCACUACCAAGGCCCACAGGACUGUGGUCACCCUAGUCCCUAGUAGGGCACUACCAAGGCCCACAGGACUGUGGUCACCCUAGUCCCUAGUAGGGCACUACCAAGGCCCACAGGACUGUGGUCACCCUAGUCCCUAGUAGGGCACUACCAAGGCCCACAGGACUGUGGUCACCCUAGUCCCUAGUAGGGCACUACCAAGGCCCACAGGACUGUGGUCACCCUAGUCCCUAAUAGGGCACUACCAAGGCCCACAGGACUGUGGUCACCCUAGUCCCUAGUAGGGCACUACCAAGGCCCACAGGACUGUGGUCACCCUAGUCCCUAGUAGGGCACUACCAAGGCCCACAGGACUGUGGUCACCCUAGUCCCUAGUAGCACACUACCAAGGCCCACAGGACUGUGGUCACCCUAGUCCCUAGUAGGGCACUACCAAGGCCCACAGGACUGUGGUUACCCUAGUCCCUAGUAGGGCACUACCAAGGCCCACAGGACUGUGGUCACCCUAGUCCCUAGUGGGGCACUACCAAGGCCCACAGGACUGUGGUCACCCUAGUCCCUAGUAGGGCACUACCAAGGCCCACAGGACUGUGGUCACCCUAGUCCCUAGUGGGGCACUACCAAGGCCCAAUAGACAUAGUCAUGCUACUGUGGUGCCAAACACAUAAACCCCCAACAGGGCCAAGGCACACUGGAUUAGCUGGAUUAGCUGCAAAACUGUCCUCAGCAGAACUAGUUCCAUUUCAAAUGCCAAGCCAUAUGCUGUCCUCAGCAGAACUAGUUCCAUUUCAAAUGUCAAGCCAUAUGCCAAGGAAAACACAUAUGGGAAUACUUUGACAGAAAUUCAUUCAUAACAUCUCUAUUUCUGUAGAUGUUAAUAUUAUAAAGAUGAUGUCUUAUUGCUUUUCAGAAGUCAAAGAUCAAGCUAGCCAAGCAACUGUCUGACUUGGUGAUCUACUGUAAGAGUGUCCACUUCUCCGAUUUUGAACACGCCAAACACAACCAGGCCUUCUAUGAGAUGUCCUCCUUCAAAGAGAGCAAGGCCGUUAACCUGGCUGAGACAGCAGGUAAAUCCCUCUCUUCUGUCAAGGCCGUUAACCUGGCUGAGACAGCAGGUAAAUCCCUCUCUUCUGUCAAGGCCGUUCACCUGGCUGAGACAGCAGGUAAAUCCCUCUCUUCUGUCAAGGCCGUUAACCUGGCUGCGGACGCUAAUAUCCCUCUCUCUGUCAUAGGCGUUAACUGGCUUGGACAGCCGGUCACAUUCCCUUCUUCUGUCAAGGGCUGUUCCACUGGCUGAGACCGCAGGUUAAAUCCUCUCUUCUGUCAAGGCCGUUCACUGGUGAGACAGCAGGUAAAUCCCUCUCUUCUGGUCAGGCCGUUAACCGGUGCGACAGCCGGUACACUCCCUCUCUUCUGUCCAGGGUUCACCGCUGAGGACCGCAGGACAGCCUCUUCUUUGUACGGCUGUUCACCCUGGCUGAGGAACAGCAGGUACAUCCUCCCUCUCUUCUGUUCAAGGCCGUUAACCGGCUGAGACAGGCAGUUAAAUCCAUCUCUUUUUCAAGGUGUUCAAAUGGCUGAGACAGCAGGUAAAUCCCUUCUCUUCUGUCAAGGACGUUAACCUGGAUGAGACAGCAGGUAAAAUCCCUCUCUUAUGUCAAGGCUGUUCACCUGGCUGAGACAGCAGGUAAAUCCCUAUCUUCUGUCAAGGCCGUUAACCUGGCUGAGACAGCAGGUAAAUCCUCCUCUCGUGUCAAGCUUAACCUGGCUGAGACAGCAGGUAAAUCCCUCUCUUGUCAGGCCUAACCUGGCUGAGACAGCAGGUAAUCCCUUUCGUAAGGCGUUAACCUGGCUGAGACAGCAGGUAAAUCCAUCUCUGCUUCUUCUGUCAAGGCCCGUUAACCUGGCCGGAGCAGCAGGUAAAUCCCUCUCUUCUGUCAAGGCGUUAACUGUGAGACAGCAGGUAAUCCCUUCUUCUGUCAAGGCCGUUAACCUGCUGAGACAGCAGUAAAUCCCUCUCUUCUGUCAAGGCCGUAACCUUGCUGAGACAGCAGGUAAUCCCUCUCUCUUGUCAAGGCCGUUAACCUGGCUGAGACAGCAGGUAAAUCCCUCUCUUCUGUCAAGCCUGGAUAAAAGGACCUUUCAGCCUUGAUUCAGAGUACUAUAGACAUUUCAUUCUAGAACAUAGAUUUCAUUAUGCAUGUUCUAGAACACAACUUUCAUUAUGCAUGUUCUAGAACACAACUUUCAUUAUGCAUGUUCUAGAACACAACUUCCAUUAUGCAUGUUCUAGAACACAACUUUCAUUAUGCAUGUUCUAGAACACACUUCCAUUAUGCAUGUUCUAGAACACACUUCCAUUAUGCAUGUUCUAGAACAGUUCUUACAAGGAUUGCAUCAUUGUCCUGUCUGGUUUACCUCUCUCCCAGCAAAUGCCUUUAUCCACCACAACAUGACCAAGCUGAGCCGUAUCUACCCAGCCGGCUCCAGAACAGCCUCCUCCAACUACAACCCUGUUCCCCUGUGGAACGCAGGCUGUCAGAUUGGUACUCUCUCUUCAAUUAUACUUUUAUUUAAGAAUCCUCUGAUAACAUUGACAUGAACAAUCUCUGUACCAGCUCAUACCACAGUCUUCCCCUUUCUCUAUAAAUGCAUGAAGAUGCUUUAUUGAUUAUAAUUUCUUCUCUCCAGUGGCGCUAAACUUCCAGACUCCGUCUAAGGAGAUGGACCUGAACCAGGGCAGGUUCCGAUCCAACGGGCUGAGUGGAUACGUCCUGAAGCCUGACUUCCAGAGAUACGCUGGGUCAGAGUUCAACCCUGUGACCCCCACCAAGGGACCCUGGAUCAAACACAAGACCUUCCACGUCAUGGUGAGAGGAACACCGCUAUAGUGUGUUAUAUAUUAUAGUGUAUACUGUAUGUAUUAUAUUGAAUUAUAUAUUAUAUGAUAGUGUAUUAUAUUAGUGGAAUAUCACUAAAGUGUAUUAUAAUAGCUACUAGUAGAACACAGUGAAGGCUACUACAGAGAAUGGUACAUUGAUGAAUACAAUAGCAAUAUAUUGAGGAAGGAGAAUGGCCUUCUGAUAACGGCAAGGAGUUUCUGUGCACUGCCUCUAUAUUGUGUAUCUUAUAGUUACCGUUACUACUAAGAGGAAUGGGGUUAGGAACUGACUGGCAUCGCUUCAAAUGACAAGAUUUCAUUUAAUUGAGAUGAGAUAUGGUUCAAGAGAGAUUCAUUAUGUUGUGUACUAAACUGCACUACAGGACAUAAAAUCAAUGCAGCUUUGAAAUAUCCUUAGUCACAAGGCUUUCUGCUAUAGACCUCAAGUGUGUGUGUGUGUGUGUGUGUGUGUGUUGUGUGUGUGUAUGCCUCUGUGUGUGUAUCUCCAGGUGAUCUCAGCCCAGCAGCUUCCCAAGUUAAACAAGGACAAGCCUAAAUCCAUCGUGGACCCG